AUGGUGGAGAAGCGCUGCCCGCUGCAGAGGGACGGCGUGUACCGUUGGUUCUCGGAGCUGCCGUCGCCGCAGCGCGUGGAGUUCCUGUGCGGCCUGCUGGACCUGUGCAUCCCGCUCGAGCUGCGCUUCCUCGGCUCGUGCCUCGAGGACCUGGCCCGCAAGGACUACCACUCGCUGCGCGACUCGGAGAUCAAGGCCAACAACCCGGCUGACCUGGGCAGCCUCACCAACCUGACGGACGAGGUGGUGCGCAGCAAGCUGCUCGUGUCGCUGGCGCUGCUGGGCUCGGAGCAGCGCGAGGCGGCGGGCGUGCUCUACCGCACGCUCACGCACAUCGACUCCAUCAUCCACAACUACGGGCUGCAGCUCAACGAGGGCCGCACGGGCGAUGAGUUCCUGCUGCUCUUCACCAUGGCCUCCAACCACCCGGCCUUCAGCUUCCACCAGAAGCAGGUGCUGCGCCAGGAGCUCACGCAGAUCCAGAGCAGCCUGAGCGGCGGCGGCGGCGGCGGCAAAAGCGCGCUGCCCACCUGCCCCGCCUGCCACAAGGUGACUCCAAGAACUGAGGCCCCCGUCAGCAGCGUGAGUAAUAGUUUGGAGAAUGCACUACAUACAUCGGCACAUUCCACGGAGGAGUUGCUACCCAAGAGGACUGUGGGGAAACACUCCAAAGUGAGUGUUGAAAAGAUAGACCUGAAGGGAUUAUCUCACAAAAAAAGUGAAAGAAAUGUUGAAUGUUCCUUUGAGGUCUUGUGGUCUGAUUCUUCAGUAACAUCAGUAACCAAAUCUUCCUCUGAAGUGACUGAAUUUAUUUCAAAGUUACCCCAGCUGUACCCUGAAGAAAAUCUGGAGAAGUUCAUUCCUUGCUUAGCUGGCCCAGAUUCCUUUUACGUAGAGCGAAACCACAUGGAUCUGGAAGCGGACCUGAGGUAUUUGGCUUCAUUACCUUCUCACGUGUUAAAAAAUGACCACGUCAAGAAAUUUUUCAGCACUUCAUCUCCCACCCAACAGCUUCAAAGUCCAAGUCCUGGCACCCCUUCCCUCUCUAAAGUGGGUACCAUGAUGGGCGCGUCUGGAAGGCCUGUGUGUGGCGUGGCCGGCAUCCCCUCCUCUCAAAGCAGUGCCCAGCACCACAUGCAGCACUCGGCCAGCGCGGCCACGUUGCCCCACUGCUCCCACGCGGGGGGUGCAGGCUCGGCGUUGGCCUACCGGGCCCAGAUGGACAGCUCGCCCGCCAUCCUGAUGCCCUCCAGUCUGCAGACCCCUCAGACCCAGGAGCAGAACGGGAUCUUAGACUGGCUUAGGAAGCUGCGCUUGCACAAGUACUACCCUGUCUUCAAACAGCUCACCAUGGAGAAGUUUCUGAGCCUUACUGAGGAAGAUCUAAAUAAAUUUGAAUCCCUCACAAUGGGAGCAAAGAAAAAACUCAAGACUCAGCUAGAGCUGGAGAAGGAGAAGUCAGAGAAACGGUGCCUGAACCCUGCAGCCCCACCCCCAGUCACCAGCAGCGGAGUGGCCCGCGUCCCCCCCACCAGCCACGUCGGGCCCGUGCAGACCGUGCGAGGCCCCCACGCUGCAGCGCUGCGGGUAGAAGUGGAGCCGCCCCCUCACCAGACGGCCCGGGAGGGCAGCUCCUCGGAAUGCUCCAGCUCCUCACCCAGCCCGAUGGGGGUGCAGGCCCGGGAAGAGAGCUCGGACAGCGCCGAGGAGAACGACAGACGUGUGGAGAUGCACUUGGAGGGCUCGGAGAAGGAGAAGCCUGUCAUGCUACUGAACCAUUUUGCUUCAAGUUCCGCCAGACCCACGGCCCAGGUUCUCCCGGUGCAGAACGAGGCAGGCUCCAGUCCAGCGGGCCACCACCCCCUCCCCCCCCAGAUGAUGGCCGCGGCCUCGCACCUGGCACCCAUCCGGAUGCUGAAUUCUGUGCACAAGUCCGAAAGGGGGGGCGCGGACAUGAAGCUCCUCCCGCCGUCCGUGCACUCACUGCUGUCUCUAGAAGAAAGGAGUAAACUCUCGGGACCAAGAGGCGGCAUCAAAGUGGACAAGAACUUCGGCCACACAGUGAUCGACGCAGCCCCCACGCCCACCCCCCAGCAGCCCCUGCAGGUGCUCUCCGCACUGGCCGAGAGCAGCUCCGUGUCACCCACCGUCUCCUUCGGUCCCCGCGCCAAAGUCGUGCACACGGCUGCGCUGGACAGGGUGAUGAAGCCGGCCCCGCAGCCGGCCCUGGCGGGGGAGGCGAGCAGCGCUGCCCCGGGGACGUCCAGCGCCGUCUUCCACGUGGCGCGGCCGCCCAUCAAACUUCUGGUGUCUUCAUCUGUCCCUGCGGAUUCUGCCAUUUCUGGGCAAACUCCCUGUUCGAAUAAUGUGCAAAUAAGCGUGCCCCCUGCAAUAAUAAACCCCCGGACUGCUCUGUACACCAACACCAAAGCUGCCUUCUCUGCGAUGAGCAGUGUGCCCGUGGGGCCCCUGCAGGGCAGCUUCUGCGCCAGCAGCAACACUGCCUCCUCCAGCAGCCACCCGCCCACGUCCUUCGCCAGCAUGGCCUCCGUGCCCAGCUGCCCGGCCCCCAGCUCCAGCCCCGCGCUCUCCUCGGCCCCUGAAAGCAGCUUCUACAGCGGCGGGGGCGGCGGGGGCGGCGGGGGCGGCGGCUCCCCGGGGAGCCUCCCCGCCCCCGCCCAGAACCACCACCACCACCACCACCAUCAGCAGCCGCAGGCGGCGGCGCCCCAGCAGCCCACGCCCGCCCCGCCGCCCGGCUGCGUCGUGUGCACGUCGUGCGGGUGCAGCGGCAGCUGCGGCUCCAGCGGCCUGACCGUCAGCUACGCCAACUACUUCCAGCACCCGUUCUCGGGGCCGUCCGUGUUCCCCUUCCCCUUCCUGCCCUUCAGCCCCGUGUGCGGCAGCGGCUACGUGGGCGCCCAGCAGUACGGCGGCGGCGCCUUCCCCGUGGUGCACUCGCCCUACGGCGGCAGCGCGCCCCCCGAGCCCGUCCUGGGCGGCCAGUCGGCCUUCGGCGUGCCGCCCAUGCAGAGCUUCAUGGCGGGCGCGGCGGGCGUGUACCAGGCCCCGGGGCUGGUGGGCAGCAGCAACGGCUCCGGCCACAAGAAGAGCGGCAACCUGUCGUGUUACAACUGCGGGGCCACCGGGCACCGCGCUCAGGACUGCAAGCAGCCGUCCAUGGACUUCAACCGGCAAGGUACUUUUAGGUUGAAAUAUGCCCCUCCAGCAGAAAGUCUGGACUCCACAGACUGAUAUUUUUCUCUGGCAGCAGAACACUAUUAAGCCAUGGAGACAUAAGGAAAAUUAAAUACAAAACUGAGAAGUCUAGUUGCUGUUGAGCUUAAUAUUUUUAAUCCAAAGGUGCUUUACUUUACUAGACUGGAUAGAAAACCUAGCGUAGGAGUGCAUCAAACUCAGUUUUAUUGCCAAAAUCCUAGAUUGGAGCUUGACGUCAGGACUCGCCUGGUUGGCGCCUCCACCGUGGUUGUGAUGUAGAGACCUCCGUCUCCCGAGGAGCAUUGCCGUCAUCGGUCCUUCCAGGCUCACACGUAAUUCCCGGGCAGCUACGCAAGAUCGGAAUCGAGAACUGCAGGUUGGAGUUCUCCACGUGGAGUUCCACCAGUCGGACUCUUGAUACCCCUGGGUGAGGGAAAAUGUCGCCUUUUGUUUUGUUUUGUUUUGUUUUUUGUUUUUUGUUCCUCAAGUGGUUAGACACUAAUCUCUCUGGGCUUUUUAAGGAUUGCACUCCAGAAGAAUGUAAACUGAUGUCAAUCUCUGCCGCUCGGGGAGACAGACUCCCUGAGACCAGUCAGUGCAGACACUCAGAGAACCCGUUUUUAAGGAGCUGGCACCAGCAGGCUACGUGACUUGGUACACAACAGAGAUUUUAGCAUUUCUUUCCCUCCUUAAAACACUUGUAGCAGUUUGAAGUUUUUAAUUUUUUUUUCUGCGAAUAAAUUUAAACUACGUUAUUAAAAGACAUAGUUACUCGCAACAACUUAAUAUCUAAGGGUCCAAGUCCCAGAGAAUCCCUAGUUGUCAGAGCUUUGAGAAUCCCUUCCUUCCCGGCCCUUCAGUAGCUUGAAGUCCUGUCAUCUUCCACCGCGACAGAGCUCUCACCGAGACAUGGUGACCACAUGGCCUUCGUGACUGGCUCUGACGGAUGCUACACAUCCUUAGCAAAGUUGGCAAGUUCUUUUCUCUCUCACGGAUCUCCCAAGGACCCCAAGGCUUACUGCUAACGGAUUCACACUUGAGACAGACGUUUCAACAAUAAUACAGUCCUAUAAUUUAUGAGCAAAAGAUUUGAAACGUUCUCCUGUCAGCUUCUUUUGUAUUAGGCUGUGUAUUAGUGGUUAGUUCUGCUAAAAAUUACCUGAAAACUACAAUAGAAAGUGGUAAGACUCUGAAAGAGCCCACACCAACAGGACAGAGCUACAAGAUCUGCAGAAGUCUAGUUUUAUCCAAAGUGGGAAGUAAGUCCUCACUAUACAGCUCUGUUUCACCCCAUUACAAUGAAAGCUGCUUGGUCUGAAAUUUAGGGACGUAAACCUUUAAAGCCAAAAGGGAAUUUUCUGCUCAGAUAUUAUUAACACUAAAGCCUUCAGUAUUAAAAUGUUGAUUGGUAAGGCCUUGCCCAGGGAUUCUGCAGUUGAAUAUUUAUUUAAAAAAAAAAAUAUUCAGAGCUUUCUUAAAAUGGGACAAUCAGCCUCAUGCCGAAUUGGUGUAAAUCAAAAAGAAUACCCUAGAAUUUGAGGCACUGUGAUGUGAGGCUUCAAAUUUUAUGAUCAGUUUCCUAGCGGAAACUAAGGCAGAGUUACUUUUUUUUUUUUAUGACAGGCUUUUAGUAGAGUUUUCUAGAGUUUUAUUUUAGUAGAGUUUCAUUUCUAUGCAAUGCAGAAUUGACAGACCUCUGUAUGCUUCUCUCUCUUCCUGGUACACAGUAUUAUAUACAGUUUUGAAGUGAUGGUGAUGCUUACAACAACUUUUUGGGGGAAUGUUACAUUGAUCUCUUAAUUAUAAAACACUACAAAAUGUCAAAAUAAUGAGAACUGACACAACUUUGCCUUAAAGAGUACGAGCCUGGAACUUGUCAUAUGAUGUUAAAGGAAGACUUGGGAGUGUCCACUGAUGUUUACGAUUUUAAUAUUUCUGAAGGCCGUUACGGUGGCCUGGACAUGUGCUGAAAGCCAAACUUUUAAAUUUUUUGGUUUUUUAAACAAAGAAAUAUUUUAAAUAAAUCCUAUUUCAACACAGUGAAAUUGUUGAAAACUGUCUCAUAACAAAAGAAAAAAAAUCAUAUUUAGGGUUUUUGUUUUAGUGGUCAGUAUUGGGGAAUGAAAGUGUCUGUUGUUACCCUUAUGACUAUUUUGAUAAAUAUUAGAGGUUAGUGUGUUCCAGUCAACAAAAAAUUAAAAUAGCUUCGAUUUGAAGUAGGACAUUCAGAUUGAGGUAAAUAAGUCCAGACAUUGUGUGGCUGUGUUCCAGUCAUCAAAGGUCUUAGAAAAAUUCCCACUUGUCUUUGAAAGUGCAUGUGCGGUGUGAUGUCUCCAGUGAGGCCAUUCCAAGGGUGAGAAUUGUAAAACGUAAUCGUGAGGUACACGGGACACAGAGCAUCCAGCUGCCGAUCUGUGAGACUCUUCCCAAGUGAAUACUGGGACUUGGGAGUGUUUGCUGGCAGUGUAAUCUCUGAUAAAUUUCUCUCCAAAAGCAACCAAAGUCAGUAAGCCUGAAGAGCAUUUUGCAUUUCCUCAGAUGGCCUCAUCUUCUUAGAAACACAGAUCUGACUGACCCUUUCAACCAUGUAGUCAUUUUCCUGAAAUCAUGGGCUCGGUUUGCAAAUGCUGUAGCAACCAGGUAGGUGUGGCACAGCCACUUUGCUCUGUGUAGUCUGUCGUAUUUCAAAGUUUCUAUCCCCAUUUUCUGUCUCCCAAGAAUGGGGGAAGUGGAAUGUACAGAUUGAAGUAGAAUACAGUGUUGGGAUAAAACAACUAUUUAAUUUUUUUUUUUUAAGCAAACAAUUUUCUACCUUCUUUUCUUGGUAAUAUUGAAAAUUGGAAAAGUGUUUAAAUGUUAAAACUCGUAAUUGCUAGUGAGCACUGAGGAAAUGGGAGCUAGCACUUAACAACAAAACUAUUUUCUUCAAAGCAGGUAUGUGUGAUUGGGUAUUAAAAAACAAACAAAAGAAAAAGCCAACCAGCAUCACCUAUAAUCUCCAGAUUACGGGAGUCGGCUUGUGAAUAUAGUAGUUAGUAGGGUCCGUGUUCUAAUUCCCUCUUUAGAAGUCACUGUAGCUAGUUUGCACUACACCGUGUGGAGGUGCGGAGCAGCGGCAGCGACUCUGCCCAGCGUCACACAGCAACUGCAGCUCGUCCCAGGCGGAGCGCCAGCCGAUCGAAUCUGCCUGGAUUCUGCCCGGGGCCGCCCUGGCCUCGCUCCAGUGUUGCUGGAGAGCGCUGGCCCAGCGCAAUCAGGUUGCACCCUCCUCACUCCCUAUCAUUUUGUACUCUUCUUGCUUCUGUGAUGGGUUAUUUGAUGCCUUGCUAGUUUUACAUACUGGUUACUGGUGGCGUAUAUAUUGAGUCUUAAGGAUGGUAAGGGAAACCGUGUCCUUCCCAGAGGAUGGGCCUGUGGAACCUGAGCAGGCGGGCGUCCUUUCCAAAGUGCAGGUGACGUUGAAAGCCGUGGGUUCUGGAGAGGCUCAGUUUGCAAAGUCCUGAGGUUCUGAAUGAAGAAAUUCUUUUAAUCAGCACUCGCAAAACCACAUACUUGCUGGUUGAGGCCAAAGGUCAACUUGACUACACUGUUCUGGGGGGAGGGGAGCUCAGUGUGGCUCAUCAGUCAGUCCCGGGGAUUGUAACAAGCCCCUCACAUACAUUAAGUUCUUACAUGCACAAUGAAGGCUUUGGUACUGAAACCAGAGACCUCGUGUAUUCGAGAAUCUUCACAGCUUAUAUUGGACAGAUUUUCUUUUUAGGAAUGAAGGAAAAUUCUCCCAUUUUUGAGCCAUUCUUUUAUGUCAAUUCUACAAAAUUGCAUGUAACUUUAUAAAUAUUUUUAAAAGAUAUAGUUUUGUAAAUAUUUAAUAUUCUGCUAAUUUGAUUUUGAAUUGUAAAUGUUAAGUAUUGUUUUUGAAGUUUUUAUGUUUUAUUAUACUUUGUUAAAAAGGAAAAAUUGUACAUUUUUAGAAUGUUUUUAUGAGUAAAUUUAAUGUACUGAAAAUAAAAAUUAAAAAAAUCUGUUUCA